AUGGCAGAACGCCUCUCAACCUUCCUCGGCAUCCCCCUCGAGAUCCGCGAACUAAUUUACGACAUAAUAUUCACUCCCCAUACCCCUGUCCAAAUCACCGCCGCUCCAGCCCGUGAAUACGAAUACAACGAAGGCACUACCUUCCCGUCCGACUUCGAGUCCUGGGCAAUCACUCCUCACGACCUCUCCUCUCAACUCCUACGCGUCUAUUGGGAAGCGCUUCAGACGUUUGCGUGGGAUCUGGGUAAGGAUGAGUACCGGAGAGGUAUGGCUGGCUUGAGGUGCAUUGAGUUGGCGACGUGGAAGAUAAGACAUAUGCAAGGGACGAGUGUGCGCUGGCGGAAUGUGAAGAGUUAUGAGAGGAUGAUUGUGCAGGCUGCGCAUGAUAUCAUAACUAAGCAUGAGCAUCUUAGUGUUCUGGCUGAGCAAUACUAUCAGAGGAGAGUGUCGUAUUCUGCUGGUACGGAUGCCGCCAAACAUACAGCGAACAAUAAAGUUAGAUGGCGUUUUAUCACAAGUGUGGAUGAAUUGACCGAGGACGAGCAUGUGGUGGACGUGGAAAAAGAUCUGCAACAUCUAAGGGCUACUCAGGACGAAGCUACUGAGGGUGGUUUCCAAUUGCCAAUGAUCGAUCCCUUCUGA